UCUGACGUCCAUGUGUCCUCUGGUCCUUUCCCUUCUCUUUGUAGCUUUCUGUUGAACAGCUUCUUGUUUUAUUCCAUUUAGUUGAUAGACUCCAGUGUAAUGGCUUCACUCAUCAGGAGGAUCAUCAGCACAACUAAAGCUCCUGCUGCUAUCGGCCCAUACAGCCAAGCAGUGGUGGUGGAUCGGACCAUGUUUAUCUCAGGACAGCUGGGGAUGGAUCCUGCCAGUGGACAGCUGGUGGAAGGUGGUGUUCAGGCUCAGACCAAACAGGCUCUUGUCAAUAUGGGUGAAAUCCUUAAAGCUGCUGGGUGCGGCUAUGAGAAUGUUGUCAAAACCACUGUGCUCUUAGCCGACAUGAACGACUUCACCAAUGUCAACGACGUAUACAAGCAAUUCUUCAGCACCAACUACCCAGCCAGAGCUGCCUAUCAGGUUGCCGGUCUUCCCAGAGGUGGACUGGUUGAGAUCGAAGCAGUUGCUGUUCUGGGUCCUCUGACUGAUGCUUCUUAACAAGUGCAUCUAUCGACCAAUAAAACCUUUGAAGCCUCUAAAAUCCCAAAAGGUGAUUUCCUUUUUCACCUUCCAGGACUUGAGGGGCUUUACAAAAACAAUAAAAUCACUGCAAAUUCUACAGUAGUUUACUAUAGAUGUAUUUGGGAGGCCAUGAAGCAGUUUAGCUCAGUCGUAAACAUGUCAGCCUUCAGACUAGCAGCAGUCAGGCUUAGAGCACUUUCUCCUCUCUCAUUAACUUUGAUAGGAUGUGUUUGGAGUCAACACUGCAUUUUAAAUUCCCGCUGCUCACAUUUCACUUAGCAUAGCUGUAAAGUAUCUACGCUGGUUUGUUGGAUUGAGUUACAUCAGCUUUACCUGUGGCAGUGUGGCCUCUUUCAUCAUGGAGUCAUCAGUACCUAUAGUUUAAUAAUAAAUGCUUUUAAUUUUCCUAAA